CAUAGGAUAUCACAAUUCCAAACAACUUACCAACUAAAGUCUAUUUUAUAUAUAUAUAUAUUUAUACCUUAACAAAGCUUUUUCCUGUGGAUAUUUUGUAGACUUUGCCAAAAUGAACUACCCUUCUGCAACAGUGGUUGUGGGGUAUUUGAGCUUGUGGGCCACUGGUUUUGCUUAUUUUGUUUUUAUACUGAAGGUUACUGGCUUCAUGGCUUCAUGGGUUAUCAAUGUAGAUGACUUGUUUUCUGAUAGAAAAAUUGCAGUUAAUUCUUUACCACCAUGUGAGUUCCCAGCAAUUUAUAAUUUUGGGGAUUCUAAUUCAGACACUGGAGCUAUAUCUGCUGCAUUUAGGCCUCUUCACCCACCAUAUGGUGAAUCUUUCUUUCACAAACCAUCUGGUAGAGAAUCUGAUGGCCGACUUAUCAUUGAUUUUAUUGCUGAGAGAUUGAAAUUGCCAUACUUGAAUGCCUACUUGAACUCUGUUGGAGCAAAUUAUAGGCAUGGAGCCAAUUUUGCUACAGGAGGAUCCACCAUUAGGAGGCAGAAUGAGACCAUUUUUGAAUAUGGGAUUAGUCCCUUCUCACUUGAUGUGCAGAUUGUACAAUUUAACCAAUUCAAGUCAAUGAUUGGAGAUAUCUACAAUCAAGCGAAGAAUACCCCAGAAGGUGAUAAACUUCCAAGACCAGAAGAAUUUGCUAAAGCUCUUUACACUUUUGAUAUUGGUCAAAAUGAUCUUUAUACUGGGUUUAGAAAGAUGAGCUUUGAUCAGAUUAGGGCAUCAUUGCCAGACAUUAUUAACCAGUUGGCUUCAGCCGUCCAAAAAGUAUAUCAACAAGGAGGGAGGGCAUUUUGGAUACACAACACAGGUCCUAUUGGUUGCUUGCCAGUGAGUGUUCUCAAUGUCUCGGGUCCUCCUCCUGGUUAUCUCGAUGAAAACGGCUGUGUCAAGGCACAAAAUGACGUUGCUCUAGAGUUUAACAGCAAGCUUAAGGAUAGAAUUCUUGAGCUAAGGGCAGAGCUUCCAGAAUCUAAAAUUACAUAUGUGGAUGUAUAUGCUGCCAAGUAUGAACUUAUCAGCAAUGCGAAGAAUCUAGGUUUAGCAUCUCCACUAAAGAUUUGCUGUGGUUAUCAUGAGAAUUUUGAUCAUAUUUGGUGUGGAUUAAAGGGAAUGAUUAACAAGACAGAAGUAUAUGGUGGUUCCUGCGAAGAUCCUUCAAGCUUUAUCAGUUGGGAUGGUAUUCAUUACUCUCAGUUUGCAAAUCAAUGGGUUGCUGAUCAUACGCUGAAUGGUUUCUUUACCAAUCCUCCAAUCCCAAUUACUCAUGCAUGUCAUCCACACUGGAUGAUUCAGAGAUUUUUUCAAUUGAGAUCCAUGUAAUUUAUAAUUUAUAAUUUAUAAUAUAUGAAAAUGAAAUGAUGAAGGAAUAGUAUAAUAAUAAUAAUAAAAAAGAUAUGACU